AUGGUUCUUAGUUAUUGCAAUUCUAUAGUUCAAGCCUUAUACUACUCAGUACCGUUCAGGGAACACGUCGUACGAUAUCCUCCCCAUUCGCCACUAGAUACACCGAACGGACAUGCAAAAAUUGUUACUCCAGUAAGGGCAGCGAUACAAAAUGGGGGUGCUGUUUCGCCUGCCAACAAGCCAAAGGGUCUGACGGCGGCGGAAGCCAUGAAGCGGAGGGCAGCGAUAAAUGCAGGACAACCAGUGCCUGCGAGCCCCGGACAGCGGCCAGAAGAUAAGCCAGAUUCUCCGGAAUAUAAGAAGAAGCAUGCCAUGCUUGCAGGGCCUAUUUUGGAGCUUACGUACGAAAAUGCGAGUUCUUACGGCAUGGAAGAAUCGACUUUCACAGCGCUGAAGGACAUUUUCAUGGCUCUGAUUGCAAAUAACUCCCGGACUGGUGUUCUGAGCCCUCAGAGAUUUCUGGAGAUCUUCAAGCGCGACAAUGAGAUGUUUCGGACAUCAAUGCAUCAGGAUGCACAUGAAUUCUACGGACUGGUCCUGAAUGCGGUUAUUUCAAACGUUGAAGCAAAUGCACAACGAAUAAAAGAACUUGCAUCUCCGAAAAACGAAGAAGGAUUGGUUCACUCUAUGACUGAAGCAGUUACAUCAGCAGCAUACGCGAUGGGCCUAGGAGGUGGCACAAGAUCACCUGGAACAGGAUGGGUACACGAAAUUUUCGAGGGAGUCUUGACAUCAGAGACCAAAUGUUUGACGUGCGAAACGGCGUCACAGAGGGACGAGACUUUUUUGGAUCUUUCUAUCGACUUGGAACAACAUUCAUCCGUCACUUCUUGUUUACGGAAAUUCUCGGCAGAGGAGAUGCUUUGCGAAAGGAACAAGUUCCACUGCGAUAAUUGUGGCGGUUUACAAGAAGCUGAGAAGCGGAUGAAAAUCAAACGUUUGCCUAAGAUUUUGGCUCUGCAUCUCAAGAGAUUCAAGUACACGGAGGAUAUGACAAGGUUACAGAAGUUGUUUCACAGAGUCGUCUAUCCUUACCACCUUCGGAUGUUCAACACGACAGAUGAUGCCGAGGAUCCAGACCGUCUGUACGAGCUCUACGCCGUUGUGGUCCAUAUCGGUGGAAAUGCCUAUCAUGGCCACUACGUAUCGGUCAUUAAGACACAGGAUCGAGGCUGGUUACUAUUCGAUGACGAGAUGGUGGAACCAGUCGACAAGCACUACGUACGGAACUUCUUUGGCGACAAGCCUGGAAUGGCAUGUGCCUAUGUUUUGUUUUACCAAGAAACGACCGUAGAAGCCAUGCGGAAAGAGCAGGAAGCUGAAGGUUUGGCCGAGGUGGCACUUGCAUCGGUUGAGGCUGACAUUGCCCUGGGACACCCACAACCCAACGGCACUCACCCGUCUUCGGUAUCCAAGGCCGUUUCCAUCCCGAAUACUCCAGUCGAAGAUAGCUCGGACUUUGUAUCACUGAACCAUGCCGUCACCGCUCCUCUGCCUAUAUCGCCCCAUGUCCCAGUCAGGACUCAGACUAACCCAGUGGCAUCGCCGUCACUUCCAAACAUCGAUGCAUCAAAGACCAGGACGAAAGAAGACAAGGAACGCGAGAAGAAAGAUCUCAAGGAGGCAGAAAAAGCUCGCAAGGUUGCCGAGAAAGCGGCCGAAAAGGAGCGAAUAAAAGCCGAAGAAAAAAGAAGGAAAGACCUGGAAAAUGCCAGGAAAGUCCAGGCCGAAGAGUUCAAGAAGGCCAUGGCAGCCAGCAAGCAAAGCGCCUUGGAAGACGAAGAAAAGAGGCGUAAAGAAGCAGCGGCCAGUGGUUCUGAACCGCCAAAGGAAAAUGGCCACGAUAAAUUCGGACUCGGUAGCCUGAGUCGAACCCACAAGGGGAGCAAGAGCAUGAGUCGGAAAAGUUUUGGUUUCCUUGGUGGGAAGAGCGGCGAGCGGACCUCUACAGGUGACGACUCAUACACAGCGGUGGAUGGAGAAUCGGGUCCUCCAACGCCAGAAAAGAAUUCGAAACCAUCGAAAACUAGGACCAGCUUUGGUUUCGGGAAGAAAAAGAGCAACUUGAACCAAUAA